CUGUGGCUCUGUAGUGACGUCAUAUCCGCUCUGGGCGGCAGCAGCAGCUUCAUUCUCAGGCCGGGAAAAACUAACAACAAGCGAACAGAGAAAAACAGAGAAAUCUCCAUCCAUCCUGCCGAGUUUCUCUCUCCGGUGGAAAUAUAUCGAUAUAUGUGAUCUGCAGUGACAGUUAUACGCUCAAUCGAAACAGACGGUACUGAGGAAGAGGUGCAAAGAAAAAUUCCCAUACUCGAUGACAUUACAUCGCAAUGUCCGAUCGUUUGGGGCAAAUAACCAAGUCCAAGGAUGGGAAAAGCAAGUAUUCAUCACUCAGCCUAUUUGACAAGUACAAAGGGAAGUCAAUAGAAACUCAGAAAACCACAGUUGUUGCACGACAUGGCUUACAGAGUCUUGGCAAAGUGGCCGCUGCCCGGCGCAUGCCGCCUCCCGCUCACCUGCCGAGUCUGAAAUCUGAGAGUAAAGGAAACGAUCCCAACGUGAUUAUCGUGCCCAAAGACGGUACAGGAUGGGCAAACAAGCAGGAUCAACCCGAUCCAAAGAGUUCCGUUGCAUCAUCAGCACAGCUGCCGGAGUCGCAGCCACCGCUGGCUUUACAGAAAUCUGUCUCCAAUCUUCAGAAGCCCAUGCCAAUCACCAGCCAGGAGAGCACAAGUACAGGUGGACCAAAGCAAUGGGCACAGCCCAAUGGAAAGGCAGUAGAUCAAGAUGGUUUAAAGGUCUCAAGCCGACUGCAGCCCUUCUCUCACGAGGAAUUUCCGACGCUGAAAGCGGCAGGAGAACAGGACAAGGUUGGCAAGGAAAGAAGCGUCUUCGAUCCGUCGUAUGGGCCCGGACCAAGCCUCCGCCCACAGAACGUGUCGAGCUGGAGGGAGGGUGGUGGGAGGAACCUGCAGCCGCCAGCGCUGUCUGCUGCUCCUCCCUGCGACACGGACACCAAGAGCAACGGCUUAGCUGAGGCUAGCACUCCUCUUCCUCCCUCUUCCUCGCCCCCUUCCACUGCCGCUGCUCAGUCCCCUGAACUGAAGGAGCCGUCGCUGCGACCCGCUCAGCCCGUGCAGCGCAGAGCCGCCCCAUCAGCCCUCCAGUACCAGCACCACACCACCACCACCUACCACGACAUGCUGCCUGCCUUCAUGUGCCCUAAAGAGACUCGUGAUGCCCCAGGCUCCUCGGAUCACGGCCCGACCGCCGUGGUUGCCCCCGUGCGCUUUGAUUCCCGGUUGAACUUCAGACCAGCGUUCCCUGCGCCAGAGCCUGUCAAUGGUGAUUUAAGAAGAGAAAACCGUUUCCCCCGAAAUCCCCCACGGCCCUCCGCUCGCCCCAUCCGCCGCCCGGGAGAUCGAGCGCCCCGUCCUGCCAUAAUCAACCCUGAUGACCUGAAGGACCUCGAUGAACUAGACAAUGACUGUGAAGAUGGCUGGGCGGGUCUCCAUGAGGAAGUGGAUUAUAGUGAGAAGCUCAAAUUCAGUGAUGAUGAGGAAGAUCACUCCCCCUGUGAGAAGAACAAGAUAUGGGAUGACUGGGACAACCAUCAUGAUCAGCAUUCAUCUCAGAGCUCCGGUGACGGCGCAUUCCCACACGACCCUGAGGAGGAAUCAUACUCGCGCCAGCCGGAGCCCUUACCAUCCAGAAAGACCAAUGGACGACUCUCCUCUACAGAAUCUCCGCACCAGCAGAAGAGCAGUGGAAACGGUGAGUCCGCCGAGGAGCAGGAGGAGCCCCAGCGGCAGGCGCCUCCUCGAGGGAAGUUUGUCUCUGCCGACCUCUCUGCCGUGGAAAGGGCGCGCAGACGACGCGAGGAGGAGGAGAGGAGAGCGCGUGAAGAGAGACUGGCUGCUUGUGCAGAGAAACUUAAAAAACUGGAUGAGAAAUUUGGCAAAACUGAGAAACCCUCACGCUCUGGAGAAACGCUGAGAGAAGCAGACAACAAAGAGCUGCUGACGCAGUCGCCAGGCCGAAGGUCAUCAAAACACCACCAGGAGGGCUGGCAGUACGGCACUAAAGAAGUGUCGGAUACGCCAGCUGAGUCCUCCAGUCAGGAUUACAAAGAUGAAGGUUGUAAUUACCAUAAUGAAGACGAUGGUCCUGAGUCCACCUCUCCCCUCCCAGACUACGGCCGGCACCAGAAGCCUGUCCCGCCCCGGUUCCAGAAGCAGCACCAGCAGCAGGAGCAGGUGUAUAAGAUGCCGCCGUGGCAGCAGUCGGGUCACCCCACGCAGUCCAGCUCUGCUCACCCGCAAAGGGGCUUUUACCCUCCUCCUCAUGUCCUGGGCUUCGACCCGCGCUGGAUGAUGAUGCCGCCCUACAUGGAUCCCCGCAUGGCACAGGGAUGUUCUCCAGUGGACUUCUAUCCUCCUGGGGUUCACUCUUCUGGUCUGGUGAAACCUGUCAUUCAGCAGGAUCACCUGAAUAGCCCUGGUUCCACCUCUGAUGAAGGCUGCCAUCCCAACAUGCAUCAGGAGAGGAGGGCACCAUCCACUGAGCCUUACCAAGUGUGGAACCAAGACAGCUACUCGUCUGCUCGCAGUUUCACUCCACCCUACCAGAGACAGCAUGAGAACGGCGAGAGGGCUCAGGCGGACGACAGGAGUGACAGGUCAUGCUCUAGACACGACUCGUAUGAAGACCGUGGGCAUGACCGCACAGACAGUCCAGCAGAGGAACUGCCACAUCAAGGCUUCCGCCAAGGCAGAGGCUCAGACGUGUCGCUCGGGUCACAGCGAGAAGCUUCCCAUGAAGGGUCCCAUCAGAUACUCAGCAGGACCCAUCCUGGAGAUGGCGAGCACAGGGAUGUGUCCUCUGGUAGACAUCAGAAAGAAAGUGUAGAGUCCCGUGACGAGGCCUUCGACAGCAAGGAGAAGAGCUACGACUCUGAUUUCUGGAGAAAGGACACAAGUCUGAGGAAAGAUGGCGGCUGUCAGGCCCAGUGGUCCGAUCACGGUUCGAGCAGCAGCAGUAGCGUUAGCCAGCCGUCUGAGUCCAGCGGCAGAACUCUUAGGAGGACGGGACCCAUCAAGAAACCUGUGCUGAAGCCCUUGAAGGUUGAAGACAAGGAGAACGAGAAACCCAAAUCUGAGCCUGAGGAGAAGCCGGUCCCAUACAGGUUGGAGAAGGAAGUGGUCACCAACGUCUAUGACCUAAAAAAAGAUGGCCCACUUCUGUCUAACAGGCACUCCGCCCCACCACCCGCUUCCUCUCCUGAGGAGAAACAAGCGGAAGCUCCGAAGAUGGAGAAAACGAGCAACCUGCAUGAAGAGUUGCACAAGGAGAACUGCUGGGAUAGUGUCAAGUCUCAGUCUGUGGACGGCGCUGACAGCAGAGAAGCUCCGCGCCGCAACAACUGGAUAUUCAUCGAUGAAGAGCAGGCAUUCGCUGGGGCCAGAGGAGCGGGUCGCGGACGAGGCCGGGGCUUUAGAGAGUUCAGCUCUCGAGGUGGUGCUCGUGGAGGACGGGGCGACAGCAACCGAGGAGCCUACAAUAGCACAGGUACGCAGAGACCCGCACGCGGACGUGGCUCUAGAGACUUUAGAAGCGAGGAUCUGCAACGAGGCAAACCCCGUAGACGCAACGUGAGUGAGACGCACAGCGAGGCCUCAGAAUACGAGGAACUGCCUAAACGUCCGCGGCAGAAGGUCGCAGAGAAUGGAGAGGCUUCGUAUCCUGCACCUGGAGAGAUCAAGAGGGCCGACAGGGAGUCGUGGAGAUCCAACAAGGUCUACACAGACGAUCUGAGCGGCAACAGUGAUUCCAGGGACAAGGCAAAAUCGCCAAGAGUGUUUGGAAGGUCGUUGCCCCCUCGACUCAAUGCUGGAUACAACCGUGGAUUUGGCUCGAGGGAUAUUUCGACAUGGAGAGGCAGAGGAACACAGUUUGGAAGUGCCCCCGCGCAGGAGAAUGGCUACAACUUUGGCACGGACUCCUAUUCUAAACGCUCGUCAGAGCGUGAGCCCCUGAAGUACACUCCUAAAUUUAACAGCUCCUUUGUAGAGAACGGCGUCGAGGACAGAGAAGGAGGCUGCUACCUUGAUGGCGAUAAUCCCGACAACCGGCCCCUGAGAAGGCGUCGUCCCCCGCGCCAGGAUAAACCCCCGCGCUUCAGGCGUCUGCGCCAAGAGCGUGAAGGAGGAGGUCAGUGGAAUAGCGAAGACUAUGUUAACGGAGACUUUGCAAAUCAGUGGCCGGGUCGGCCCAAGGGCCCAGAGGAACACUGGCCCAACCACUACCCUGGAGGACGGCCGCAGGACAUCACGGGUCAGAGUCAAGGCGAGGACUGGGAAACCGGCUCCGAGAACAGUGAUUUCAAUGACUGGAGGGAGAAACGGGGGCAACAUGGCGACACGCUUGCAGAUGCGGGUCACGGUGAUCCCGGCUCUGAGAAGAGAGAGCUCUCCAAACGGAGCUUUUCCAGCCAGCGGCCAGUGGUCGACAGACAGAACCGGAAGAGUGAAGUGUCUGUAAUGGAAAACAACAAGAUGACCCGCUCAACAGACACGCAGUCCAGUGUGGGUUCCUCCGGUAGAAACGAGAGCUGGCAGAACGGUGUUGCUUCCAACAGCAAACGGGUUCCAGAAGAAUCGGUCACCGGCCUGACCUCGGCAUCUGUGUAUGGAGUGGAGCAGAACGAUGACACCAGCACGGCUGAAUCAACGGGAAAGAUUCUAGAGAAAGACAUGAAACCCAGAAACAUGAAGGGGGACAUGACAGAGCAACUCUCUCAAUAUGACCUGAACACUUACUCAAUUGAAAGUGACUCAGGAGCAUCUGUACCCAGUCCAGAGGUUUUCCAGGACGCUCUGUCCAAAAAACAACGCCGCCCACAGGAUGAUGACCGCAGGAGAAAGGAUCAGGGUCCUCCAGGUUCGGUGAAGAACAGAACAAUUGCUUCGAAAAUGCCUCCCCGUUUUGCUAAGAAGCAGGGCAGCAUGUCCAUCGAGCAACCCGAAGAGACGCUCUCCGCCAACAACUUGGGAACCGAGAUCUGGGAGACGAAUAGCACAGCUCUGACUGUCCAGUCGUCAGGUGGCGAUUCAUGGACAAAACAGGUGUCCUACACGGGAAGCGAACCCAAUUCAGAGGUGCAGGAUUCAGAUGCAGGACCCGAGCAGAGUAAGGAACACAAACCCGGCCCGAUCGGCAACGAGCGAUCGCUGAAGAACCGCAAGGGCUCUGAGGGCAUGGAGCGCCUGGAGGGACCCAUCACCCCCGUCAACGGAGUGGACAUUCACGUGGACAACGUCCUUCCUGUGCCGCCCAUUGAGUUUGGCGUUAGUGCGAAGGAUUCCGACUUCAGCCUGCCUCCGGGGUCUACGCCAGUGCCCGUGUCCAACCCCGUCACCAAGCUGCAGGAUGCACUCGCUGGGAAUGCGGGCCUGACUCAAGCCAUCCCGAUGCUCCGCAGAGACCACCUGCAGCCCGGAAUAAACCUCAACCCCAUCAGCUUUCCGAGUGCCGACCUCACGCUCAAGAUGGAAUCGGCGCGCAAGGCGUGGGAAAACUCUCAGGCUCUUCCGGAGCAGGGCUCACCGGGCGGCGCGGGAUCCGGAGCUCAGCCGGCCUGCAGCGUGGGCUCCUCCAGCGGCGUCAGCUACAGCUCCUUCGGUGGAGUGUCUAUGCCGCCCAUGCCCGUGGCGUCUGUCGCUCCGUCUGUCUCCAUGCAAGGCAGUCACAUCCCUCCUCUGUAUCUGGACGGCCAUGUGUUUCCUAGUCAGCCACGGCUCGUGCCGCCCUUGACUCAGCAGCCGAGCUACCAGCAGGCCUCCCCUCAGCAGAUCCCCAUCUCUCUGCACACGUCUCUGCAGGCUCAGGCUCAGCUGGGUCUGCGAGGAGCUCUACCCGUCUCUCAGUCCCAAGAGAUGUUCAACUCCAUGCCUCCCUUCAGGUCUCAGGUGUACAUGCACCCAAACCUGUCUCAGCCCAGUCCCAUGGUGCUCUCUGGUGGAGCGCCUCUCAAAGGGCCGUAUUCUGCUUUUCCCGGCAUGCAGCCGUCAGACAUGGUCAAGCCGCAGUCAGGAUCUCACUACCAGCCCAUGAACGGCAGCCAGCAGCUGGUGUACGACGGGCCCAUGAACCAGGCGGCUGGGAUGAGCACGUCUCAGCUCAUGGAUUCGCAGCUCAUUCAGGUGACGAUGCCCAUGCCUGGAUCUCAGCUGCGAUACGGCUCGGCCCAGCAGCACCUCAUUCUGCCCCAGUCCAUCCAGCUCCAGCAGAACCAGAACCUGUCUGUAGGAGCUCCGCGCCGCAUGAUGCCUCCCGGAUCACAGCCGCCCAUCAUGAGCAGCAGGGAGCCUUCCCAGAUGGACAUGAAAGGAUUUCAGUUUUCUGAUAAGCCCAACCACUCACCUGGAAUACCCAGCGGCUCCUACAGACCCGGUUCGGCCAGUCCUAGCGGGAAACCCUCUGGACCCGGAGCCCCUACAGCGGUCGUCUCUCUUCCAGGACAUUACACGCAGCAGGUAUUCAGCGCAGCAUCUCGUUGCUUUAGUAAACCUCACGGUACAUGUGGCCGACCCGUCUGUGCUCUGCUGCAGGUGUCGGCCCCUCAGGGCAGCAUGGUCAUGCACAUGAGACCCCCCACCAGCGGCCCCUUCCCCAACCCCAUCCAGCGGCCCGUCAUGCAGGUUAACAAGGUCAUCAUCCGCUCUCCGCCCUACCCCGGCCCCGGGCGCGAGCCGCCCCCCUCCAACCCUGAGCCUGCUGGGAAGGGCCCUGAGGACGGGAUGAAGGCCAAGGCUCUGCGUGAUGCGCGUCAGGCCGUCGGCGACGCCAAGAGCUCUUCAGCGAUUCCCAGCAAGCUACAAGAGCAGCUGCCGUCAGUACAGGUCAAAGCUGCUCGAACCGGAGCCAUCAAACCACAGUCGGUCAAAGUGGAGGAAGGCAAAGCCUGAUAAAUGGACCUCAUGAUCACAUGACCCGGCUGUCUGUAGGACUUCCUCUUCCUCUCUCGCUCUCUCUCUCUCUCUCUUUCUCACUGGACUGACGCACAGGAUCACCAACCCCACAAAUAAAUCGGAAUACAUUAAUAAACAUCACAUAGAGAGAUAUGAAUAUCUAUAUAUAAAUGUAUACUAUAUAUAUAUAUAUAUAUAUAAAUAGACACAAUAGUUUUGGACUUUUCUGCGCAGACUUUUCAAGAUCAGCUUUAUUUAUUUACAUUUUAUUUGACAUUUCAAAAGUGAAGAAUAACGGUUCAAAAAAGUCACAAACGAAUCCCGGUUGUCUCACUCUUUCUCUCUCUCCAUCAAAGUCUGCAAACAGCAAAACAAGAAGCGCAUCUCCCCUUUCAGCUCCCGCCCACAUUGCCAAACCGAGCCAGCUGAUUGGACUCCAGGUUUUGAUUGACAUGGCAGAUCAACAUGAGCUCCAGUGUGAGGCUUUAGUCAUUUUUACUGGGUACCACGGAGUUUUAACUUCUUUUUUUAUAUAUAUAUAUAUAUAUAUAUAUAUAUAUAUAUAUAUAUAUAUAUAUAUAUAUAUAUAUAUAUAUAUAUAUAUAUAUAUAUAUAUAUAUAUAUAUAUAUAUAUAUAUAUAUAUAUAUAUAUAUAUAUAUAAGCAAUCAUGCCUAUUUGCUCUAUUAUUAUUAAAAAACACCUUUUAUUCAAUAAAAAAAAAGUUUAAACCCAAAUUUGAGGACAUUAUUCAAUCUAAACGUGGACACAAAGUGAGCAUCUUUGCUGAACUCUCUUAUUUUACAGCUGCUUUUCAUGUGUUAUGUAAAUGCAAAGCAACAUUUGUUCCUUAAAGAUGUUGCAUGAUGGCGCUCGAGUGGCGGUGUGUGUGGAAUAAACAUGUUGAAGGCAGCAGCAUGAGCAACAGCUCACUCUGUGUUUGGGGUGGGUGGGAUAUUUGGCCUCUCGUCUAAUGUGUUGUUGGGCCGCUGAUGGGAAACUGUUACAGUACGUUUGACGAAUUGAUUUGGUCCAGAAACCCUUUACCUUCUGCUUUGAGUUCCAGUUUUUGCGGUCUGUCAGUCACUGGAGUGGCACAAGCAAUAAACAGCCUUUCUGUAACAAUCAGGGUCCAAAUGUGCGUCUGAUGUGGAACGAGUGCUUGUGUUGUAGAUGUUGCUGUCUCACAGGGAUCAUGAUUGAAUAUAUGAAGUGCGCAGGAAGUGUCUUGUUUUGACGGUGCUUCGUUACACUACAGCUGUACAGAACUAUAACCAUCAGCACAUUCAUUCGUCUUCGCUAUUGGAUCAUUACUGCAAUCGCAACUCGUCCUUUUCAUUUUGGGUGAAUUGUUGCACAUCUGAAAUGCCUUUUUAAAAUGAUUUCUCCAGUGCUCAUGGGUAUUUUAGAGGUUCAUUUGCUUCUUGAUGAUCGCCGAAUAUCUGUACAGACUCAUUAUUUGCCCUUUCGCUUUUGUUAGACUUGUAUUUAAAGGGCCAGUGAUGGAUUUACUCACUUUUACGUUUAUUUUUAGGGGUCUGUUUUCCCUGCAGAUAUUUAUCACUCAGUGUUGUUUAUCCUAUUAAAUGUGUGACCAUAUUUGCCCUUUUAUUGGAAAUGAUCUCAACAAGAGAGAAAUAAAGCAGAUUGUGCUUUUUUCAAAGA